AUCUCUUUUCUCUGUCACACACACACACCCACACAGUAAAGAGGUUUUGUAUCUAUCUUCCGUAUAUACUGAAAAGCGAUUUUAUAAUUUGUUCUGAAGAGAUGAAGAAAAGUUUCUUUUGGUCUGCUGAGCAAUCAGCUAAAUCAAAGGUGACAAUGAAGAAAAAUCAGAAUGGAACUUUGUAUCAUUCGAAUAGCUUUGAGAGGGAGAUAGAUCCUCUGGCCUUCACUGCUAAAGAUAUAUAUCACUUAAAUGGACAUGGAAGGGAGAUGGCUCCUUUUGAAUUAGAGGCUAAAACUGGAGAUGAACCUUGGAACGCUAAAAUUGUGGAUUCUUUUGGAAAGGAUAAUGAAUAUGGAAAUUUAAAUUCUUCGAAAAAGGAAGAUCAGAAUGGAAUUCCAAGUGACCGUGAGUGGGAUGCAGAUCCAUUGGAUUCUGAUACAGAGGACAAUGGCAAAUUUGGAAAUGAUCUGGAGCUUGAAGGUACUGUGUUUAUUGAACGAUUUGCUCAUGGUCAUGAUAAUGAUCCAAGAGAGUCUGAUCGACUAAGCGUUGCUGCUUCAGAUAUGUUAGAGUCGGGUACAAAAUUAUAUACUGAAAAAGAUAUUACAGAGUGUGAGCUGCCUGAGUUCGAAGUAUGCUACAAAGAGACUAAUUAUAAUAUUGUCAAAGAUAUAUGCGUUGAUGAGGGGAUGCCCACGGAAGGCAAAGUUUUGACCAAAAGCAUUAAGGAUGAUUGUAAAACAGCAAAAGGAGGCGAUCAUGCGGAAGUGCUCAUUCCAGAUGGUUUACGAUCUUUUACUGUGGAGGAUGCCAAAGAUGAUCCCGGUAAAGAUUAUGGGACCAAGGAAUAUAGCUAUGACAAAUCACUUUUGCUCAUCAGGCCAAAAUCUGUCUCGGAAAUAUCUUGUGACAAGGAUACUGUUCAGGAAUGUGAUCUAAAGGACUCAAUGAACUUUUGUGAACCAAAUGAUGGUUCUUUUGCCAAGAUUAAGAGAUAUGUUCUGGAAGAGGAAUCUUUUGUAGAUGCCAAACUUCCAAUGCAGAAUUUUGGUACUCGAAGCUUCCUUAGAUCUUUUCUCAACUCGUUGAACAGUGAUGGAAAUAAAAUUGCACAAACACCUGAUCAGAUGCCUUAUGGAGAUUCAAUUUCUGGAAGUCAAACUGCAUCAUCGACAAAUACAGAACCAAAUAAGAAUGUCCAAGCUGGCAACUUACCAUACAAUAGUAAAGUGGACCGUGGAAGUAUUACUUUUAACUUCAACUCACCCAAAUCCGGAGCAUCUGGCAGUAAUGAUGGAUGUGUUGAAAAUGUCGAUGCACAAUCCGACAAGUCAGAGGACAAAGGUCAUCUUGAGUUUCAAAAUUCCGACAAUCUUUUGGAAGGUACCCCGGUUCAGUGCACUAGCAACAAGUUCGAAAUCAAUGCAAAUGUUCAUGAACCAUCCAUCAACCUCCAAGACAACUUAGACAAGAAAUCUACUUCCUCGGAUGGCCAAGUCCAGGUAGCUAGCAUCCAGGAUAAGACUUCUCAAAAUGUUCACAAUGAAGCCGUUCAGACACAUGACGUUUUUAAGGAUGAAGUCGACAAAUGUGGCAGUGUUCCGGUCACAAACUUGGUCCAACGUGAUGGGGGAGAGUUGAGCUUCUCAGAUGCAGCCCUUAUUACUUUCUCAGGGCCAAUAGCUUAUUCUGGGAGCCUCUCUCUUCGAUCUGAUACCAGUGCAGCCAGCGCUCGGUCCUUUGCCUUCCCAGUAUUACAAUCUGAAUGGAAUAGCAGUCCUGUACGAAUGGCAAAAGCCGACAGGAGACAUUUUCGGAGACGCUGGAGUUGGAGAUCUGGUCUUCUUUGCUGUAGAUUCUAAAUUCUUCCAUACACUAAUAGAUUCAUGGUUCAGAUAUACAUCAUCAACACCCUAAUUUAGACAUUGAGUACUGCCUGCAAGUAUACAUGUAGAGAUUUUUUUUAAGCCUUGGUUUGCAUUAUGUAUUAGGUUCAUGAAAUCGUGCUUUAAUUUUAAUAUAAAGCCAUGUCUGCAAUUUUUGUAUUAUUUUAACUUAUGGCUAUUGAUCAUGGAAAUGGUUUAUCAGUGUUAAGUUUAA